UUGUAUACAAAAUUUGUUUUUUGUCAAAACAAGAAUAGUUUAAAUUAAAGUGGAAAGCUUUAAGAAAAAAGUUAUUUUAAGUUAAUGAUUAAUUUAUUUAAAAUGAGCACUCAACCCCAACUUUGUGAUUGGCAAACUACAAGAAAAAUUGUUAAGGAAAGAGGACAAUAUUUGCUUGAAUCAGGAAUAUGGAGUGAUUGUCGAUUUAUUGUGGGAACUGAACCCAACCAACAAGUUUUGGAAGGACAUAAAUUGUUUUUGGCAAUGGCCAGUCCUGUGUUUGAAGCUAUGUUUUUUGGUGGUAUAGCUGAAAAAGAUCCAAUUGCCAUACUUGAUGUUCAACCUGAUGCAUUUAAAGCUCUCUUGGAAUAUAUUUAUACAGACAAAAUAAAUCUGACAUCAUUUGAUCAAGCCUGUGAGUUAUGCUAUGGUGCAAAAAAAUACAUGUUACCUCAUCUUGUUGAAGAGUGUACUAAAUAUUUAUGGUCUGAUUUGUAUCCUAAAAAUGCUUGUAGGGCAUAUGAAUUUGCUAAAUUAUUUGAGGAACCAAUGCUUAUGGAGAAAUGUAUUAAGAUUAUAUGUAGCCAAACACAGGAAGUAUUAACUGAAAGUAGUUUUGGUGAUGUGGAAUUAAGCACAAUUUUGACUGUUUUGGAUCAAGAUGAGUUAAAUAUAAAUUCUGAGUUGGAAUUAUUUUCAGCCUUAACUCAGUAUGCUGAAAGACAUAAUCACACUUCAGGUGCGAAAGUACCAAGAUUAGAUGGUAUAGGUAAUGUUUCUUCUGAGGGAGGAAAUGGUAGCCGCCCAACAAUUAGAGAUGCACUAAUGAAAAUUAGAUUUUUAACUCUUACACCUCAGCAAUUUGCUGAAGUUCCAGCGCACUCAAAUUUAUUGACACAGGCCGAAAAAUAUUCAAUCCUAAUGAAUAUUUGUUCUGAUAGCUCCGCUUUACCUAUGCCUGACGGCUUUUCUCUAUCCAAAAGUCGUCGUAAGAAAAAGGAUUUAUACUCUAUGGGAGUGGCUGGUGCCUCUUCAAUGGAUACCUCCCGUACAUCAAUGAUAAGUUUUAGUAUUCAAAACUCUGACAGUGGAAUUGAUCUAUCUAAGAAAAUGUAUUGCUCAAGACAAGUGAUUCGAAUAACCGAAUGUAUGAAUACUAGUGUUCUGGAUUGUGCUGUCACAUUUACAUGUGAUAAGAAUGUUUGCGUAUAUGGCAUACAAGUUCCGGCUCAGAUUCCUAUGGAAGAUGACAAAACACAGAGUUAUUCUUAUCCAGAAUUAUUAUAUGCACAUUUAUUAGAUGCAGAUGGAAGUAGAUUGACAUAUACCCAUUUUACAAGUAGAGUUAACUAUAAGUCGCUUAUUGAAAUUUCAUUUAACAGACCUAUCUAUAUUCAACGUAAUAAGAUAUACAAAGUAGGAGUUGUAUUAAAUAAAAUUGGUUGUUAUCCCAUUGGUAGUUAUCCAAAUCAGUCAACAAGUAAUGGUGUUGUAUUUACAUUUAGUCAUGGACAGUGUGGAGAUUCUGUUAGAGAUGGACUUAUUAGAUCAAUCAUGUUUUCAAUGCCAUGUCAAAACCAUACUAACAAUAACCAAGGGAUGAAUAUACCUGGUGAUCAUAACAAAAUGGCAAAUUUGCUUUAAAACCCCAUUUCAUGUAUUUAUUUAUUAAUAGAU